GUUGGUGUAGAAACAGCCGCGAGGAUUUCAACCGCCUGCCAUGACUUCUUGAAACACCUACCUGUGGAGACAAAGAGACGAUUAGGAUAAAAUAAAAAAAGGAAGUUUUAUUUUAUUUGCGGCUGAAUUAAACUUCUCCAAUAGGAUAGGACAGGGACCGAAGCCAAGGCUGCUUGUUUGGGACCAUACUUUAACGUUUUCUAAUCAGAGCGGCAACAUGGAUGAUUUUUAACACCCCCGGCGAUCUACAUAGGCGGAGAGCCUGCCUACUCUGAGGUCAGUUGUUGAAUGGGACAGGGUGCGUUCAAGUACCAGCGCUUGCUUUACGUGCGUGCGGCGCGGCAGAGCCUUCGUAUAAGUCCGCCCGUCACUCUUCACUGGGACUAUAUAACCACUCGGAGAGUUUUGGACUGAGUCGAAAUGGACUUGGAUCUUUACUUUCUUUUGAAUUUUUAUGGAUUUCAUUCUGCUCUGCGCUGCCAUGAGUGAAGAGGAGCUGAAGCGGAGGCACCACGGCGGCACUCUCACACAGGCAGCCGGAGCCAUGAGCAGGGCGCUCACGGAGCACAUCAGCGGCAGCUUCCGAGAAGAUGCUCCUCGUCCUCCGGUGCCGGGUGAGGAGGGAGAGGCGUCAUGCUACAACCCGAACAGAUGCAGCAAAAUGAGAGCCCAGAGCAAAGUUAAAGAUCUCCCCGCUGUUGCUGCUCUUGUUGGCUCCACGCCGCGGAGGAACGAGGAUGGACUCGGAGAGCCGGAGGGCAGCGCGUCCCCGGACUCGCCCCUAGUCCGAUGGACCAAGUCUCUGCAUUUCCUCCUCGGCGACCUGGACGGCGCUCACCUGUUCAGGACCUUCUUGGAGCGGGAGCACUGCGUCGACACUUUGGACUUCUGGUUCGCCUGCAACGGCUUCAGGCAGAUGGACUUAAAGGAUACCAAAACGCUGCGAGUUGCCAAAGUUAUCUUCAAGCGGUACAUCGAGAACAACAGCGUGGUGGCAAAGCAGCUCAAACCGGCAACCAAGACCUUUAUCCGGGACAGUAUCAAGAAGCAGCAGAUAGACUCGGCCAUGUUCGAUCAGGCUCAGACGGAGAUCCAGUCCCACAUGGAGGAGAACGCGUACCAGAUGUUCCUGACCUCUGACAUAUACCUCGAAUACGUGCGCACUGGCUGCGAGAACGCCGCCUACAUGAACCACGGCGCGCUGGGCAGCCUCAAGCUGAUGUGUGGAUACCUUCCUCCUCUUAUGGAGGAAGAGGAGUGGAGUUGCAGUGACCUGAAGGCAAAGGCAUUGGGGUCUGUAGUGGGACUGUCUGCAAAAAACCUGAGGGCUACUGCUACUAUUCGGACAGCAGCUGAGGUGCUGGAGAAGACCUACAGGUCCCAACGACGGGGAGACCCUGCCAGCCCGUACUUUGUCAACUCUGGCUACGUUUUUGCCCCCGCCACCAGUGCCAAUGACAGUGAGAUCUCAAGCGAUGCAGCGACGGAUGAUUCAUUGUCAAUGACCGACAGCAGUGUAGAUGGAAUCCCUCCGUACAAGAUGGGGACCAAGAAGCAGCUCCAGCGAGAGAUGCAUCGAAACAUUAAGAUCAACGGCCAAGUUACGCUGCCACACUUUCCUAGGACACACCGGCUGCCUAAGGAGAUGACCCCAGUCGAGCCCUCGGCCUUUGCCGCCCAGCUCAUUGCCAAACUGGAGAAGCUGAAGCGAGAGCAGGACACAAUGAGCUCACUGGAGGAGAGGCUGCAGCAAAUUCAGGAGGAGGAGGAAAGAGAGGAGGGCAGCAGCAGCAAUUCCCUCCAUCAUCCCCUGCUCCCAUCUGCAGGCCAGUGUGAGGAAGACCCCCAGGCCAUCUUAGAUGAGCACCUUUCACGUGUCCUGAAGACCCCCGGGUGUCAGUCACCUGGUGUGGUGCGGCACUCGCCGCGUUCACGUUCUCCAGAUCAGACCGGCGUUCUGGUGUCUUCCGGCCAUGGAAGUCUUUUUGGUGCUUAUCACGGUCCGGCUAAGGUUCUGAUGACAGGCAGGCAAUCCACAAAGCAUAUCCACCAUCACUACAUACAUCAUCACCACGCUGGGCCCAAGACGAAAGAGCAGAUAGAGACUGAAAUGGCUCAGCGCGUGCAGUGCCUCUGCCCUCAAGGGGGUGCCAAUUACUCCGACUUCACACCUGCCACUUUUUCCAGGCGACCACUGAAGGCCUCUGGUGAGGGUGUGUCUUCACCAUGUCUUCCCAUGGUGUCCACCGACCGCUCUCAGAAUGUUUGGCAGUGGAUCUUAGAGAGCGAGAGGCAGGGCAAGCACAAGCCACACAGCAGCACUCAAGGCCUGAAGAAGAUCAACCCUCUUGACUCCAAAAUCCUGCCAGCUAGGACCAACACCUGGGGUGGAGCUGGCACUUGCAAUGGGAGUCACCUUCGCGGCCAUCACCCAGGCCAUCCUUUCAUCCAGGAUACUGCUAUGCCCCCCUUACCGCCUCCCAACACCCUGGCACAGCUUGAGGAGGCCUGUCGCAGACUGGAAGAGGUUUCCAAGCCGCCAAAGCAAAGGCAUUCAACAGCGUCUAGUAGCCUUCAGAGAGACAGGAGCCUUCCACCGGCUGGAACUGGUGCAGGCACCACUCAAACCAACCCAGAAGAGUCAAAGGAGCUGGUGGUAACGUACUUUUUCUGUGGUGAGGAAAUUCCGUAUCGCAGCAUGAUGAAGACCCACUGCCUCACCUUGGGUCACUUCAAAGAACAGCUGAGCAAGAAAGGCAACUAUAGGUAAAUGUGCUGCAGUGACACAACAAAUCAUAUAUUAAAUGACUCUGGAUAGACAUGUACUGAUCCAAAGUAUGUUUUUUUAUUUCAUAAAGUUCAGAUUUACCCAUUUAAAUUUAUUCUGAUUUCACUUCAAGAGCUUUAUUUAACAAUGUCCAAAAUAUUUUUUAUGAUCUUACUGUGGUGGAAGUGGAAAAAUAAAAAGGAAAUAUACUCUUCGUAUUACAUGACAAAUUUAAACGGAAACAUUUUAUUUAAUGAAAUAAGGAGGUUAAUGCUCAGAAAUACAAUGGAGGAAUUUUGCUGCAGCCUAUUUAGCCUUCCUGUUAUCUGCAGAAAGCCUUGCUCUCUCUGCCCUUUUAUAGCCUGAUAUACAGGUUAUUUU